AUGGGGCUGAGGGAGAUAGAGUCUACAUUGCCGCCGGGGUUCAGGUUCUACCCCAGCGACCAGGAGCUCGUCUGCCACUACCUCUACAAGAAGGUGACCAACGAGCGCGCCUCGCAGGGCACGCUCGUCGAGGUCGACCUCCACGCGCGCGAGCCAUGGGAGCUUCCUGACGUGGCGAAGCUCACGGCUAGCGAGUGGUACUUCUUCAGCUUCAGGGACCGUAAGUACGCCACGGGGUCGCGCACCAACCGCGCCACCAAGACCGGCUACUGGAAGGCCACCGGGAAGGACCGCGAGGUGCGCAGCCCGGCCACGCGCGCCGUCGUCGGCAUGAGGAAGACGCUGGUCUUCUACCAGGGCCGCGCCCCCAACGGCAGCAAAACCAGCUGGGUCAUGCACGAGUUCCGCCUCGACUCGCCGCACCUGCCACCAAGGGAGGACUGGGUGCUCUGCAGGGUGUUCCAGAAGCAGAAACUGGACGGCGAGCAAGACAACGCCCGCUCCUCCUCGCCGACCUUCGCCCGCUCGUCGCAGGUGGCGCAGGAGCUGCCCGUGAUGGACGCGAGCGGCGACCAGAUGAUGGGCUCGGGCGCCGCCGGCUUCGUGGCGCCACGGCAGGAGGAGUUGAUCUGUGGCCCCAACCCGUUGAUGAACGCGGCGAUGUGGCAGCAAUACAACUCGCUGCUUCUUGACCAGUACCCGCAGGAAGAGAUGGCGGGCAGCUCGCCGAUGAUGGCCACAGGAGGAGCGGGAGAUGAGUGCGGAUUCUUCUUCGACUCGGGGUUCGAGGACACGGCUACCCUUGGAACCAUGAGGUUCCCCCAAGCGUGGAGCUGA